UAUUUGAAAUGUAAAUUAUUUCCGUGUUUCUCAAUGGUUUAACUCAUAUUCUCUAGAAAAUGUGAGAUCUUUUGUGAAGACAUUAAAGUGGCCAUGGGCAAGUUAAGCCAGUGGAUCAUUUUUCUUGGAUAAUUUACCAAAACCAGCCUGUAGGGUGUGCUGUUUCUGAGGGACAGAACAUAAUUUUACACAUCAUCUCAAAGUCAUAUAAUCUAUGGAUUCUAGUUCAGUUUUAGGCUGAUGAUUUUUUGAGCAAUGUUGCUUGGGCACUUUCAUAUUGACAAUGAUCAUAAAUGGACAGUAUGCAUGUACACCACAUCUAGCACACACACAUACACUGCACGCAUAAUUAACAUGGUCUGUUAGCCGGCACUGACAUCAUGUAUACACGGACCUGUAUAAUGCCUGUGAUUGUUCAAAUGUAUUGUGUAUUAUGCGUUUUAAGAGAUGUGAGGUACGAUGUGUAUUUUCUUCAUUCAUUUUCAUUAUAAAAAAACCCCACAAUAUAAAAAAGUCUUUAUUUAAGAUUAAGUCACACAAUAUAAUUAAUAUAACUUACCUCAUUGUAAUAUAACAGUGGCCAAACCUGAAUUGUUUUAAACCUAACUAUUUAAACAUGGUGGACACCGUCUGAUUGGGAAAAACCAUGUUGGGUAUGACGUCACUUCGGGGGCGUUUCAAUGGACCUGUAAAACAAGGGUUAUAUUUGUUCAUUCAUACGUUGUAUUUCUAUAUUGUAAUUUUUGGAGUUUGUAUUUUGAAUAGAUGCUGUUUUAAAUGCCUAAUAGGACCAAAAGUGCAUGUGUAAGGAAGUAAACUUCCUGGGGUGUGGCCUAUACUAUAAAAUGGCUGCCAGUGUUGUACAUGUGGCUGAUCACUUGCUGUGGAUUAGGGUCGGGUUGUUUGGUGUUAAGGGAACAAGCAAUAGAAGCUUGUGUUAAAGUACCUUUUGUUGUUGUGUCUAUGAUCCAACAAAGAGACUUGUACAUAUUUUCUUUCUUUCUUUAUUUUUGUUUAGUUGCCCUGUGUAUCAUCAGGCUUAGUGUGGCCAAUAACACUGAAAGUGACAUUAUGUGUAGGUAUGUUUGCUGUUGUUUUUUAAGAAUGCAAAUGAGAGAACAGCUUAUCCACAGCAGCAAGUUAUUUCUGCUGCAUCCAAUUAACCUUCCACUAAUCCAGUGGCUCGUGGAGCCAGCAGUAGAUCACGGUCAAAUACAGGCUAUCAAAGUGUGGAAAGUCACUGUAGAUGUGCAUUGGCUUUCUUCUCUUCAUUCCAUCAAGAACUGGUGUUUAGGAUUACCGGUUAUUAUGUGACAAUCUCAUUCUUGAUCCGACGUGGUUUUUGGUUUUGUGUUCCACCUGUUGGAUAGUUAAAUGGUGCUAAUGACUGAGAAUGGUACUGCAGGAGGUGUACUUCUGGUCAAAGAUCAUCAACACCACACCGGCCAAAACCGAGCGAGAGGCUGGAACAAUGAAGAGUCCUCAAUACAAAGCUCCUCUUUUAUGGUACCAACAGAGGACUGUUAUUAUGCAGAUGAUGAAGACCACCAUCGUUAUGAUGAUGAUGAUGACGAUGACAUCUACCAAGAAUUCGAGGAGUUGGAUUUCUCAGAACUACCAGAUACCAAGAGCAUUGUGUCAGACGAUUCCUUCUACCCACCUGAUGAUUCGCUCAACUUUGAAAAAUGUCAGAAUCCUGAGAGCCCCGAGCCAAUCAGCUUCUUCAAAGCAUGCUGCACUAACAACGCCAUCAUUGUCAAAAUCAUGAUAAGACAAGGUGUGACGGAGGAGGAAGUACGAGAGGUGGACAGAAAUAACAGAACGGGUCUGAUAGUGGCGUGUUACCAGGGCUACGUGGAUGUGGUCAUUGCACUUUCUCAGUGUCCAUAUGUGGAUGUGAACUGGCAAGAUAAAGAAGGGAAUACGGCUCUCAUGACUGCUGCACAAGCAGGCCACAGUAUGAUUACCAACUACCUGCUGAACUAUUUUCCCGGGCUUGACACUGACUGCAGGAACUGCCAUGGCUUCACAGCGAUGAUGAAAGCAGCUAUGCAGGGUCGAGCUGAAUGCGUACGGUCUCUCAUGAUGACAGGAGCAGACAUUGAAGCAAGAGACUUAGGCCGUAAGCUGACUCCACUUGAAUGGGCCUUGUUCACGGGCCGCUACGAGACCGCCGACCUGAUGGCCCGACUGAUGGAACAGCCAUGUGCCGAACAGUUCUGUGACUCUUACCACAUGGAGUGGCCUAUGCUAAGCAAACUGGUGGCUUGUUCAAAACAGCCCAAGUCCUGCUGGAGAAAGUUCUCAGAGUGCGUCUGUAACUUGUUUACCAUCAGCUUGAAGACCAACCCUUUGGAUGAAGGCGUCAUGGACUACAUGGUACGCAUGACCACAGCGCUGGCCAGCCCUUUCAUAGCCACCGCCUGCCACACCGUGUGCCCGGGCAGCCCUCCGUGUGUAGGAAAACGUCGCCCUGCUGUCCAGGACAUCCUCCGUAGACAGCGUCUGGCUGAGCUGAAGAACCUUGGACCCGAGCGCCUCAACAACUACAAGCGCCUAUUCCAAAACUCCAGGGUCCUGCUGGUGCCGAAGAAGCAGGAGCGGCGCGCCAGUCUGCAGCCGCAGUUACUGCACAGUGUCGCGAUUGCUUCCACGGCUCUGAGGAGAAGCAGCCUGCUGCCGCUUCACAUGAUGCGCAGGAGCAGCGUCCGUCCUGGGAUCGUGGUUCCUAAAGUCCUGCUGUUGAAAGCACCUCCUCCUUCAUACAUCCCUGAGCGUCCGCCGCGCAGAACUUCAAAAGAUUCACCACACAUACAAAUCCCUAAAUGGAAGUACAAAGCUCUAAAGGAGGAGAGGAAGAAAGCUGAACGCUUGGAAAGAUUGAGAAUGCCUACUGGGAGCAAAAAGUGAUGUGGCUUUUGAUGCCUUAGUGUUUUUAAGGAAGUUUUCCACUGUGAAGGCUUGUGGUCAGUGUGAGGUUCAAUACGUUCAAUACUCUUUUAGACUGCUAUGGACGGUGGCUAUUAUUUAUUUAUUUUAAGUUGUAAUGAUUAUAAUUUAUAUAAAUAUUAUUAAUAUAUUACUCUCAAAGACUGCAUUUUUAACAGGGAGUCUUAUAUUAAAAAACAUUAAACAUAACAAUGAAGGACUUUCUUAAAUAUGAAAUACUACAUUUAGCCUUGACAUAUUCUCUUAUCUUAUUAAUACUAAGGUUGUUGAUUCAGUAUACCUAUUAUUGAGUCUGUGUUACAAAAUGUUGCUCGUUUUGUUGACAUCCUAAGAUAUUCACACUGAUCACAGGAUAUUUCCUGUAAGUGUGACUUCAGAAUUAUUACCUGUCACAUCAUAGGUAACUAUGAUUUGCGGUAACCUAUUUGCGCUUCAAACCAGAUAUGAAUGAAAAGUAAAUAUAUUACAAAUAUUA